AUGAGAGCCGAAGAGAGCGAGAAUGGAGAAAACUCGGCUAACUCGCAGACUGAGAUGCUGAUCAACCAGCUGAGGGAGAUCACUGGCAUCCAGGAUCCACAGAUUCUCUGCAGAGCAUUGAAAGCCAGUCGCGGUGACAUCGGACAUGCCGUUGGACUUCUGACGAGCCAGCCAGCAGAGGUUAAGGAUGCUGGGGGACCACAAGAGUCCGGGUCGUCGGUGGGGACCUGGGAGGGACAGAAAGGUGUUCAAGAUGAACUCCAAACGGCCAUCGAGCUGAGCUUGCAGGAAUCCCACAAGGCUCAGGAAGAGGAGCGAGAAUUCCAUCGGGCUCUGGAGGCCAGCGCUGAGGAGAACUCCACAAGAAGUAAAAGAAAGCGAUGUGAGGCCCAGAACGACAUGAGCAGCCCCGCAGACUGGAUCCGCAAGGACGACUGGCCCGUCGGUAUUCGCAACGUGGGCAACACCUGCUGGUUCAGCGCUGUUAUCCAGUCACUGUUCCACCUGCCAGUGUUUAAAAGGCUAGUACUCAACUAUCGACUAUCGGAGCAAAUCUUGGACAGAUGUAAGAGCCAUGCGGACAAGAGGAACAUCGCUUUCAUGCAGGAGCUGCGCUGCCUCUUCGCCCUCAUGGUAGGCUCCACACGCAGGUUUGUGGACCCUUCUGCUGCCGUGGAGCUGCUGCGAGAGGCUUUUAGGACCAGCGAAGCGCAGCAGGAUGUGAGUGAGUUCUCUCAUAAGCUGCUUGACUGGUUAGAAGAUGCCUUUCAAUUGGCUGCCAAUGGAGACAACUCAACAGACAAGCAAAACAAUCCCAUGGUCCAACUUUUUUAUGGCACCUUCGUGACCGAGAGGAAGCAUGAAGGUAAAAUCUUGUAUAACAUUGAGCAGUUUGGACAGUACCCUUUGCAAGUGAAUGGCUUCAAUAACCUGGACGAGUGCCUGGAAGGGGCCAUGGUGGAGAGGGAAAUCGAGUCGCUGCAUUCUGAACACAGCGCUCCAUCCGGUCGAGAGAGAUGGUUCAAAAGGUUGCCACCAGUUUUGACAUUUGAGCUUUCCCGAUUUGAGUUCAACACACAGCUUGGGCGGCCUGAGAAGAUACACAAGAAACUGGAGUUUCCGCAAAUCAUCUAUAUGGACAGGUACCUUCACAAAAACCUGACGUGUACACAUGAGAGAAGAGGAGAAGUGAAAAAAAUGAAGGAACAGCUUGCAUCUCUUCAACAAAAACUGGAAUGUUAUAAAAACUACGGGUCAGGACCCAGCAAGUACCCUCUAGCUGACAUGCUGCAGUUUGUCUUGGAGUUCGCCACCACAAAGCCCUCUGCAGCUUUCACCACUGAAGAUGCCCAACCGGUUUCUUCUUCACCAACUCCUCCUUGCCACCAGCUCAGCGAAACCGCCAGUCAAGAGGACGGUGAUCCAGCAGGUACGGAGGAGGAGGACGGCCUUGUGUCCAGCUGUCAACGUACCCCCAUAUACAAGCCUUUCACCCAGUGCCGACACCCCGCCGAGCGUCCGCCUCACCCGGCCCCACACAGCAUCACCGAGGAGGAGCUGCACUUUGUCAAGGGCUGCCUUCAGCGAUGGAGGACCGAAGUGGAGAAUGACAUCAAUGAGCUAAAGGCCAACAUUGACAGACUCAGUCAGACACUGGAGGGCGUGUACUCAGACGACAGUCUCUGCCAGGUGCCCUACAGACUCCAUGCGGUGCUGGUCCACGAAGGUCAAGCGUCAGCAGGCCACUACUGGGCAUACAUUUAUGACCAUGCCAACCAGCGCUGGAUGAAGUACAAUGACAUCACUAUCACAGAGUCUUCGUGGGAGGAGCUGGAGCGGGACUCUUUUGGUGGCAUGACCAAUGCCAGCGCCUACUGUCUCAUGUACAUUGAUGACAGGCUACCCCACCUUAUUACUGAACACACAGAUGAUGAAACAGGGCAGGUUCUGCACGGCAUGGACUCGCUACCACCCGUUCUGAGACGCUACGUGCAACAAGACAACUGCUGGUUCCAGCAGGAGCUCAGCGAGUGGGAGGAGCAGCUCUGCCAGGCGGCGGCCGCUGCAGCAACGCCACAGGGCGAGGCCACGCUCUCCACCGUCGAGACCUGUGACGCCGGCGCGGACCACGACGGUCACCUGGCCACGUCACAUGAAACUGAGGAGCCGGUCCAGGGAGCUAAUUCUUCAGAACCGCAAGCUGAGGCACAGAUUGAUCCUGAACCAGACUCCGAAGAGCCACCAGAAGAAUCCGAAAAACCACUACUGCCUCAGAGUUCCGAGUGCCAGGCAGAUGACGGCGAGCCCGCCACCAGCGCCCCCCCUCAGCCCGACGAGUGUUCCGACACCCCAGCGGCUGAGAAGGACCCUCAAAGUCAGGCUGCUGCUCCUGAAGUUGAGUCCGACAGCAACCAGCUGCCAUCAGACCUCUCAGUGGAGGAGAAAGGAGACACAAAUGCGAAGGAGGAGGAAGUAGAAGUGGUAGAAGAAGUUCAAGGUGACGCCGAGGCGUCCCCCGAGGAACCUCCUCAGCAGGAAGCCGAUCGGGACAUAGAGGAGCGGCAAGUGCCCACCAGACGGCGGCAGGCUGAGAAUGAGGUGUCCGAAGUAGAGAUUCCCAAUGUGGGCAAGAUUAUGGUGAGGGCGGAUGCUGAUGGAUACAAUGAAGAGAUGAUGUUGACACCAGCCAUGCAAGGUAUCAUUCUCGCCAUAGCAAAAGCCAGACAAGCAUUCGACUCAGAGGGGCCCGAGGCCGGACUCAUCAAGGCAUUCCACGAAGAAUAUUCGCGCUUGUACGAGCUUUCUCAGGAGGAGACCACGCCGAGGGAGGACGCGCGACUGCAGCACGCCCUGGUUUACUUCUUCCAGAACAAAGCGCCCAAACGCGUCAUCGAGCGGACGCUGCUCGAGCAGUUCACUGAUCGCAACCUCAGCUUUGAUGAGAGAGCCAUCAGUAUUAUGAGGGAAGCCCGAGCUAAGCUGCGCCUCAUCAAACCGGAGGACAUGGACAUGGAUGAGUACCUGCAGUGGCAUGAUGACUACAGAACAUUCAGGACCGUCUUCGUCUACCUGCUGACCGGACUGGAGCACUACCAGCACGGAAAGAUACGUGAGGCUCUGACCUACCUGGCCCACGCCUAUGACGCCAACGCCGCCCUCCUUAGGAGUGGGGAGAAGCGUGGCGUGGACACAUCUCUUAUUGCACUUUACAGGAGGAGGUGUCUCACAACACUGAACGAAAGCGCCACGCGGCUCUUCGCCAGCGGCGAUGAGAGCAAGGUGGAGGAAGGCGUGGCCAUCAUGGAUGAGGUGGUCAUCCCCUGCCUACAUUUGAUGAGCCGUGAGACGCCGCUGUCGCAGGAGGACCGCGACACCAUGGAGAACAUCCGCAGCCAGUGGUGUUGCUGUCUUGGACAGGACAUGGAUGACUCGCUGCAGAUGAAACUUGGCGAGUUCCUGCCUCGCGUCCUGGACUGCUCGGCCGAGACGGUGGUCCUCAAAGACCCGCCCAAGGUGCACGUGAACCAGGCUCACGACCUGUGCAGUCGCUUGGCCGCCGUCAUGGAGUCUAUACGCAACACUGCCGUGGUCGCCGUCAAGUAA